AUGAAUGGCAUUUUACCAAAAUAUAUAUUAAUUUUUAGUAUUUUUCUAAUUUCUUUGAAAAAUAUAAUGAGUUUAAAAAAAAAAUUAAUGUUUAAUUAUUUUAAUAGAAAAAGGAUAGUUAAUGUAAAAAAUAUAGUUUACUUAAAUAGAAAUUACAUAAAUAAUUUAAUAUAUACAAAAGAAGAUGAUAUCUACAAAAUUACAAAAUUAGAAGAUUACAAUAUAAUUAAUAAUAAAAAGAUUAAUUCAUCAUUUGAGGAUAAAAAUAAUAUUAUAUCUAAUAGUAAUUUUGAAAACAUUUCUGAUAAUAAUGAAAAAACGGAAAAUAAAAUAUUUCAUUCAUAUAAUGAAAAUGACGAAAAACUUAAAAAUUUUGCAAAUAUAAAUGAAAAAUUUUUGCCUUCUGAUAAUGAACUAAAAUUAUACAAAAAUAAAUGGAAAAUUCCCCUUUAUUGGAUUAAAAAAUUGGAAAACUUAAAAAAUAUUAAUGCAAUUAACUGUAUAGAUUAUUUAAAGGACGAUAAUUUACUAUAUUUUGACAAUUAUAAAAAUAAAGGAUUAUUAAAAUUUUUAAAUGAUGAAAAGAAAAAAUUCAGUAAUUGCAUAAUUUUAUCAAGAGUUGGUGACUUUUAUGAAACAUAUGGAUUGGAUUCAAUUUUCUUGAUAGAAUUCUUAAAUAUUAAAAAAAUGAAUAAUAAAUUAUCAUGUGGUUUUAUAAAAAGCAGUAUAAAUAAAGCUUUAAAUAUUUUAACAAACAAUAAUUUAAAUAUAUGCAUAUAUGAAGAAAUAAAUGAAAAAUCAUUAAAAAUGAAAAAAAGAUAUCUAUCUCAAAUAGUAACACCUGAAUUCCCUUUAUACCUCAAUAAUAUACAGUAUUGCAAUUCACUUGAUGAAACUAAUAUUAGUGAUGACUCUGAAAAUAAACCAAGUAAUUAUUUUUAUAAUUUAUAUGAUUUAGAUGAUUAUUUUGUAAUAAAAGAAAUCGUAUGUAUAUAUAUUGAAAGUAGAAAUAUCUUUUCAUUAAGUAAAAUAAAUUUAAGUUUAAAAACAAUAGCUAUUUAUGAUCAUAUAACUUUUGAUGUCUUAAAUAUUUAUUUAAAAAAUACUAAUUUUUUAAAAGUAUAUAUUCAUCAGCAUAAUAAUACGUCUUUCACAAAAAAAAUAACACAAUUAUUUAAAAUAGAAAAUUAUUAUUUAUUUAAUAAUUUUAAUAAUAGUUUUCAUUUUCACAUGUUCAUUUUAGAUAAAUUAAAAAAACAAAUUAAUAUAAAAGGAUUAUUUAGAUUGAUAAAAAAUAAAAAUGUUUUUAAAAUAAAAUCAAUGUCUAAUAAAAAAAAUGAAAAUAAUAAAAAUGAUAAAAUAAGUGACAUUAAUGAUAGUAAUUAUGUAAAUAAUGAAAACGUUUGUUUUAAUGAUAUAAAUUGUGAUAAUAGCAAUGAAAGGAUUCCUUCUCAAGAAAACGUUAAUUAUAAGAAUAAUACAGAGAGAAAUAUAAAUUCUGAAAGUUCUUCAAAUAAUGAAUUAUCAACAAACAAUUAUAGAUUAGAAAAUAAUUUUGAUUAUUCUUAUUAUUCUUAUUGUACUCCUCUCAAUAUUUUUACAAGUUACAAUAUGGGUAUUUAUAAGCAAAAUAAUUGCUAUGAAAAUAGAGACAGUUAUUUAUUUUUUAAUAUAAUAGAUGUAAAUAAUAAUGAUUCUAAGAGUAUUAAUAUAAUUGAGUCAUUAGAAUUUUUUAAAAAUCUAUUUCUAUUUUAUCCACCGUUUGAAGUAACUAAACAUAUACGUUUUAUAAAUGAUUAUAUUCAAAAAAAUUUAAAAAAUUUAAUCAUUCCUAAUGUAAAACCAUUCAGAAACAAUAUAGUUAUAACUCUUUUGUCUAAUUUGAAAGCUGAUUAUAAUAUUUUGAAAAAAAUAUUUAUUAAUAUUCAAAGCGUAAUAAACUGUAUGCAUAAUUUUGAAUUUUCACUUUUGAUAUCCAUUUUCCAUGUUCUUAAUCAUCAGAAUUCUUUUAAAUUAAACAUAAUCAAAUUUUAUGAGCUAUUAAUAAGUAUUGAAAAAAUUUUAAAAUAUAAUUUAGAGUUUUCUAGUAUAAAAUUUUCUGUUGAAUCCGAUAUCAUUUUAUUUAAUGAUUUUGUUUAUUAUCAUGAAAAUCAUGUACAUAAUAUAAUUAAUGAAAAGUUGUUAAUAGAAGAGAAUAAAGAAAUUGAAAAAAAUAGAAAAGAAUUAUUAGAAACUAUUAUAUCUAAUUAUGCGGAAUACAAUGAAUUAGAAAAAAAGUAUGAUUUAGAUUUAUUAAAUAAAAUAAUAAAAAUUGAUAAUGUAAAUGAUAUAAUUGGUGUAAAAAAAAAAAAAAAAAAUGAAAAAACAUUAAAUUUUUUUCAUCCUUUAAACAAGAAAUCAGAUUUAAUGAAAAAUAUUUUUGUUACAGAAAAUGUUCAAAAAAAAAUUAAAAGUUAUCUUUGUUCUAUUGAUAGAAAAAAACAAAAAAUUAAUGAAACAAUCAAAAGAAUUAAUAUACAGUUAUCUUCAUCUGUUCAUAUUCUUUCAUUUGUAUCUAAUUUUUUACAAAUUAUUCAAGCUUUGUAUAAUCACACUAUAAAUAGUAUAAAAAGAAAAUGGAAUUUACCUAUUUGUAAGCAUUUAUUUUUAACAUAUGAAUAUAAAGAUUUUAAUAAUAUUAAUGAUAAAUUAUUAUAUAUACAAAAAUUGUUAUACAAUGAAACAAACGAUGAAUCCUGUAAUAAAAACUCUUAUAGCAAAAAUAAAUUUUUAUCAGAAAAAAAGAAUGAUAAUAAAAACAAUUAUAAUUAUACUUGUGAUGAAGAAUUUUUAAAAUUAACUGAAGAAGAUAAAAAAAAAUUGAAGGAAAAUGUAGACGAGGAUUCUAUAGAAGAAAUCAAAAAAGUAUAUGAAAAAAAAAAUUAUGUAAAUGAUUCUCUUACAUAUAUUUUAGGUGCAAAACCAUACAAUAUAAAUAAAGAAAAUUUAGUUAAAUAUGAUGUUUUUUUUAAAAAAAAAAAUUUUAUUUUAUUAACUGGAAAAAAUAUGAGUGGAAAGACAACUUUAUCUUUUACUAUUUUAUGCAUACUUUUUUUAGCAAAUCUAGGUUUGUAUGCGCCAUGUGAUAAAAAAAGUAUUAUAUCUAAAUUUCGAGAAUUUUAUAGCUUAAAAAAUGUGAAUUAUCAUGAACAAAUUGAAAAUAUGUCUUUAUUUAGAGAACAGGCAUUCUAUAUAAAUUCUAUAAUUGAAGAAAUAAAAGAAAAUUAUUCUUUUGAUAAAAAAGAAUCGAGAGAAAAUGAAAUUUUUAUUCUUUUUGAUGAACCAUGUAUAGCAACAACACCUAUUGAUAAUGCAAUUAUUAUUAGUGCUAUUUCUGAUUAUUUAAAAAAUUAUUGUGGAAUCAUUAUUACUCACAAUUACGAUUUACUAAAAAAAAUUUGUCAAAGUGAAAAUAUUAUUUUUAAAAGAAUAAAUGAAAAUAUAAAUUACUUGAAAAGACAAGAAAGUGAACAAGUUACAAAAUUAGAAAAUGGAAUAUGCAAAGAUAGUGAAGCAUUAGAAACAUGUAGAUAUACGAACACCGAUUCUAAAGUUUUACAUCUGUUAAAUAUAUAUGAAAAAAAGUAUAAAUUGAUUCAUAAUUUAAAUAAUAUUUUGUAUUAUAAAUUUUUAGACUACCUUAAAUAUAAAAAAGAAAAAAGAAGUUUAAAUGAUUUUUUUGAUAGUGUCUUUAUCGAUAUUAAUGAUAAAAAUUUGGAAAAAUAUAAAUAUAAUGAUAUUAAAAAUGAUUCAGAUUUAAUGCAAGACAAAGAAUUGCAAAAUUUAAUAAAUUAUGAUAUUAUAAAGAAAGAAUUAUUUAUAAAUGACAAUAAAGAAAAUAUAAAUGAUAGUCAAAUAGAUAAAAAUGGUGAUGAGAAUAAUAAUAAAAGUUUUAAUGAUAUAUCUAACGAGAUAUUAGAUGAAAAAAAUAAUUAUGAAAUUUACGAAAGUGAAUUAAAUAUAGCUAUUAAAAAAAUUGAACAAAUUUCAAAAAAAAAAAUUCUUAAAAUAGGAAUGAAUGAAGAAAUACCAAUUUAUUUUAAAAAUAAAAGUAUUGUUUAUAUUUUAUGUAUUUUUGCAAAAAAUGAAAAAAGACCAUAUUUUUAUAUAGGAAUAAGUGAUAACAUUUCUGAAAGAAUAAAAUGUCAUUCUAGAAAUUUAUUAAAUAAUAAAAAUCUUUUAAAAAAUGCAAAAAAGAAUAAUAUUUUAAAUUAUAAAUUUGAUUUAAAUAUAUUUUAUACUUUGCUAUUUCAUGUAGAGAAUAAAAAGAUUGCUUCUAAAUAUGAAAAAGAGUUAACAAUUUUGUUGAAGAAAGAUUAUGAUUUAAUUUCUAAUUAA